AUGGACGAUCGGCAUCUCCCACCAGAAUAUGGCAAUCGCUACAGCGGGGCUACCUCGCAAAUCCCCGAGCUCGACUCUAUGAAUAUACCCAAGUCAUCUAUCGUGCCAACAGUGACCAACGCAGCCAAAUCUCCAGAACGGAAACCUCGCGUCUUUCCAUGGUAUCACCCGCAAGGAUGGUCACGACGCCAACAAGUCCUCAUAGCUGCAGCAGUAUCAGCAGCAGUGAUUAUCGUCACAGUAGUAGGGACAUCCUUCUUCGACAAAUUCCACUACUUCUCCGAUGAAGACCCGACAAACGGCUUCGUGGUAUAUGUCAACCGCGACGCAGCCCAAAAUCUCAAUCUCACCUAUGCGAGCGAUACCUCAGCUGUGCUGCGCGUUGACUCAUUAACGCCCCGUGCCGUCGGGGGUCGUAACUCGGUCCGCAUCGAGUCAAGGGCUACAUACGACACGGGCCUGUUUUUGUUUGAUAUCAUCCAUACGCCGUACGGCUGUGGGACGUGGCCUGCUCUGUGGUUGACGGAUGGCUAUAAUUGGCCGAUGAAUGGAGAGAUUGACGUCCUCGAGUCUAAUAAUGAGGGUUCGAACGGUAACGAGGUCACCCUGCAUACGACCAAGGGGUGCAACAUGGACGUCAAGCGUAAAGAGACGGGCUCCCCUGUGCAUACAUCAUGCAAUAACAGCACUGGUGGGAACUCUGGCUGUGGCGUGCUGGGCGAUUCAUCCACGUACGGACAAGAGUUCAAUCAGAAUGGUGGUGGAGUCUACGCCCUUGAACUCCGUGCAGCAGGAAUCCGUACCUGGUUCUUCCCCCGAGCGUCAAUCCCAUCAGACAUCUCCAAUCCAACCACCACCCCCAACCCAUCAACCUGGGGCACCGCUCUCGCCGACUUCCCCAGCACAGACUGCGACAUUUCCUCACACUUCCGCAACCAGAGUAUCAUUGCGAAUAUCGAUUUGUGCGGAGAAUUAGCCGCGCAGCCGCAGUAUUACGCUGAGAUGUAUAAGUGUCCUGGUACAUGUUCGGAUUUUGUGGCGAAUAAUCCGAGUAGUUUUGAAGAGGCCUUUUGGGAGUUUGGGGGUUUUAAGGUUUAUGAGGCUAUUUAG